AUGGCGCCAUCCACGCCCCAGACGGGCCCCUCGUCCCGUCUCCUCUCCAUGAAAUUCAUGCAACGAGGCGCCGCAACUGCCGAAUCCCUCCCAUCCCCAUCCCCACAAGAGAGCUCCUCGAAGCGCCGCAAGCUCAGCCACCACAAAUCCGCAGGCAGCACGCCGACGCCAGCGUCCGCCGACACCGACCUCUUCUCGCACGCCAAGAUCCAAGCCGCCGUCGAGGAGCUCGAAGCCAAGCGUCGCGCGGCCGUAGAGCGGCGGGCGGCCGAGCUGUCGGAUUCUCACUGGGUUCUUGACAUACCUGUUGCGAAGGGAGGUGCGGCGCGGGAUGGCGCUAAGGAGAAGCCGCCUUUGAGCGUGGUUUAUGUGGGCUAUGGGGAGAUUGAUCGCGCGGGGAGUGACUCUGACGGUGAUGGGACUCAGGAUGAUGUACGCGCUGGACGGAGGAUUACGGGGAAUUAUAAGAGGAAGGAGGAUAAGGAGGCUGAGGAGGAUUCUGGCAGUGGUUCUUCGGAUAGUGAUGGCGAUUCUGAUGAGGAAGGAGAAGUCUCCAGCAGCUCUAACAGAGGCAGCAAGAAGAGCCAAUCUUCCAAGAAGAAGCGCGACAAGGCCGAGAAGAAGAAGAAAAAGAAGGAAGUCAAGCUUAGCCGACUGACAUCAAUAUCCUCUGGUGGUGGCAGUGGUGGAAUAUCCCAAGGAGGAGGAGGAGGCGGCGCCUUCAACCGCCAGCCUAUGAAGUGCUUUGCGUGCAGCGGGGUCGGCCACAAGUCCUCCGACUGUCCGAAAAACAAGGCCCGAAAGCGUCGUCGGGCAGCACCCUACUAA